CUCCUCCACAGUCAAUUGAGAAUCCAUCAGCUGUUGUCUCUCAUCAAAGAAGAUGUACAGUUCUAGCUAUGGGGACAUUGUAGGCUCAAGCAGCGAGUACCGAAGAUCUCUCUGUGCUGAGCCAUGUGGGGAAUCUGAACCAUCGUACAACACCUACGAACUAUCACGUGAUCCCUGUUGUUCUAUGAGCUCCCGUCGACGAGUGGACUGCUGUGCUCCACCUCAGCAGUACUGCCCUCCUGUGCAAAAAUACUGUCCACCAAGACAACAGUACUGCCCCCCAGUAAAGUGCUGCCCGCCGCAGAGGAAGUAUUGCCCUCCUCCCUGCUCUCCAGUAAAAUGCUGUCCACCACAACGGAAGUAUUGUCCUCCUCCUAGCUCCCCUGUAAAAUGCUGCCCACCACUGCGGAAGUAUUGCCCUCCUCCCUGCCCACCACAGCAGAAGUAUUGUCCUCCUCCUUGCCCUCCGCAGCAGAAGUAUUGUCCUCCUCCCUGCCCUCCACAGCAGAAGUACUGCCCUCCUCCCUGCCCACCACAGCAGAAGUACUGCCCUCCUCCCUGCCCACCACAGCAGAAGUACUGCCCUCCUCCCUGCCCACCGCAGCAGAAGUACUGCCCUCCUCCCUGCCCACCACAGCAGAAGUACUGCCCUCCUCCCUGCCCACCACAGCAGAAGUACUGCCCUCCUCCCUGCCCACCGCAGCAGAAGUACUGCCCUCCUCCCAGCUGUCCACCAAAGCAGUAUCGUCCCCCGAUACAGCAAACCUGCUGUUCUGGCAGCCAGUCUGCAAUCUGCCAGGUGGAACAAGUGUGUCAGGUACCACCUCAGCUUCUGAAGAAGUAACUACCUAAAGAAGAAUGUGCUGACGGCAAUCUUUUAGUCGAAAUUCUUCUGGUAUCAACAAAUAGUGACUCCAGCUGAUCUUCCACAGUUCUCAUUUGCUUAAUUGCUGGUGAUUUUAUUUUCCAAGCAUGCAUUUGUAAUGCCCUAUAAAGAACAUGAUCUGCAUGAUGCAUUAGUGUUUAUUACUCAUUGUCUGAUAAUAACGCCUGCCUAUCUUCACAAUAUUCCUUUCAGGGAUGCAUCCAAAAUUCUACUCUUUGCAACCAUGACUUUUUAAAAGUUUUAUUGAAACUGUAUAACACAAAAAAAAUUACAAAACACAAGAACUCAAUGCUAAUAACUUGAUGGAACUUAUAUAUUAGGAGUCAUUGAUUUUGUCUUUUAAAAAGAAAUUCUGUUCACGGAGAAUGUUGAUGAAAUUAUACUUAUGAUCACACAAGGAUUAUUUUUUGCAGUGUGUUUAUUAAUAUGCACCAAUAACUUACAAAAAAUGUGCAUCAACAGCUAUCAGACAAAAUGACCACAUUGGACAUUUAAAAAAAAAUAUUGAUAAUACUUAUUCUCCAUACAAUGAUUAAAUAGAAUUUGUACAAUGUAAAAUACAACUAACAACUAACAAAUUACAAAUUCCUAACUUUUAAAAUUCCCAGUUUCAAAAUUACAACAUUCCAAAAAUUUCAAACUGUCAGACUUUCAUAAUUACAAAAUUUCUGAGAGAGUUGAUAACUAGUACAUAACUAUGGAAAAGUUUGCAGAAUGAUGAAAUACAGAAAUUUACAAAUAUUUUAAACAUAUUCUAAAACCUGAAAGAACUUUAGACCUGGAUGAGAACUGUUAAUUUCUAGAUACUCAAAAAAUGGAAACCACUUCUCCACAAAAUUUGUACUAUAUGGAAAAUGCUCUGCCUGAUAAAUCUUAUCAGCCAAUUUUUCCGAGAUAAAAUAAUCCCAAAUUUUUGUGAGCCAAUUUUCAAUUGUCGGGACUUGCUUAGACUUCCAUAAGGUCGCAAUGGCAGUCUUUGCGGCAACCAAUAGGGUUGCUAUAAGGUCCCUACGUAUCAAAGGAAUGUGGACUGGAUUUGUUUCCCAUUGAUCAAGGAAAAUGAUUUCUGGUGACAAUGGAAUGGAAUAGCCUGUCAUUAUUUGGAUUUUUUAAAGAACUUUCUUCCAAAAUUCCUCUAAGAACUGGCAUUUCCACCAACAAUGAGAGAAAUUACCUUCCUCACCACAUCCCUUCCAGCAUUGGGGCGAGAUUGAUGAUGAGAUUUGGGCCAACUUUUUAGGGGUCAAAUACCACCUGUUGGCUACCUUAUACGUCUGUAAUUUAGUUACCACUGUUUUAGAAUUAAAUA